ACUUCAUUCCCUGGUUCUAAAUUGAUGAGUUCUCCUUUUGCAGGCUGCUCUUGAAUCCUCAGCAAAGUUUCCAAUGAGGGAAAAUUCAGCCAUUUUUAGCGUAAUUGUCUUUGGUCUCAUUCUCAGCACACUUGGCGAUCAAGAUUGUUCGCUCAGGAAAGGCAACAAGAACGAAAAGAUUCUGCGACGAAUCUUGUUUGCAAACUACAGCAAGAACCAGCGUCCUACGACUCCAGUGCAUAUCUCUCUACACCUGGUUGUUUCCAAUCUUGAUGAAGUGGAUCCGAAGAAGGAAGAAAUUGGUUUAGCAAUUUGGCUUCGAAUGUUCUGGAUGGAUAACCGCUUACGAUGGAACGCAACCCAGCACAAUAUCACAUCUCUUACCUUAGAUUUCAAGGAGGUCUGGACCCCAGACAUGGUUCUUUAUAACGCAGUUGGUGCCGUCAGAGAUUUUGGUUUAUCAAGCGAUGACGAUCUACCCAUGGGCCUUAUCGUUUAUAGCAGCGGUAGUAUCUUCUUCUCCCAGCCAACGAACAUCCGUAGCGCAUGCGCGUUAAACGUUGCCGACUUUCCUUUUGACGAUCAGACUUGCCAAUUGACGUUUGGUUCAUGGACUAUGGACUCCAGCCUUGUGAUGCUGGACCUGCGCAAAGAAGGAAUCGACAUGACGCAAUUUGUAAAAAACAGCAAAUGGGAUGUACUUCAAAUAUCUCCUGAAGUACGCAUGCACGACAAUUUUCAGGACAACGAUUUUUCUCUUGUGGUGUAUACCAUAAUGGUCAGGCGAAAAUCACUUUUCUUUAUUGUCAAUUACCUCAUUCCUUCGGUAGUUAUUUUGGCUUUAUCCCUGCUACUGUUUCUCAUCCCGCCUGAAGUUGGAAAGCGAAUGGAGGCCGGUAUAAACCUUCUACUGUGCUUAUCUGUGUAUCUCAUGCUGUUAAACACAAAGAUGCCAAACGCCUCAAAAAAUUUCCCUCUGUUGACAAAGUUCUCCGGCUGCGCAAUCAUAAUCCUUGCAUUGGCUAUGUGUUGCACGUGUUUAGUGUAUGCUGUUUAUUUCAUGAACUCAUCCGGUGUGGAGUUGCAUCAUACUUCGCUGUUUAUUCUUUUUAAGAAUUUCAUAUUACAACGGCUACAACCACUUCUCUUUACCAGUCCCUGCAGACGCUUAAAACGCACACGAUCUCGAGCACGAUCAAAGGUUCAUCCUUCACAAACAGUUUCAUUUUAUUUUCUCCCAUCAGUAGACUUAGAUUUGACGCCAGAUUUCGAUGCCAGGAAGGAUAAAACUCCCGAGGAAUGUCACAAAGAUGAUGGACAAGCCCAUUCAAUUCAAGACCCACCCCUGAUAAUUACUAGUGAUAGCCAUGGUACAAUUCCCCGGAUUUCUGCAGCAGGUCGAGUAGAUCAGGAGGGUCGCCUUACACUGGUUUCAGUUGGUUCUUCUUUCGAAUACAGCAGUAGCGUUUCGAGUACUGCCUCUGUCAGGUCAGAUGAAAAUGUCAAAGCUGUUAUGGCUACCUAUAAUGAAUCAAUUGCAGCUGAAUUUGUAAGAAGUGAAAGCCUGACCGAAGAUUGCAAAAAAGUUUCUUUUGCUUGCGAGAAAAGCGAGUCAAGAAAAGUUGUCAAACGAAGAGCAACCAAAAUACACGACGGUGAGUCAGCAGUAAAACGUACUGAGCACACUCUGGUUUGUUCAGCGGGAUCAUCUUGGUUCACUCAGGUAUCGUGGGAUGAAUCAUUGGACGACAAUGGCAACGAUAUCGAGGACAUUUCAGGCCGUCUACAAGAAGGCGUAGAUCAGCUAAGAGGAUUUAACAGCGGUUCAGAUACCAAAGAUUCUGACGUAGAUGACAUAACCACUGCUAUUGAUGGUUUGGAUUACAUUGCUGAGUAUUUUGAAAGAGAAAACACACAGAGGGCAAAUACAGAACAGUGGAAAAGAGCAGCCAUGGUUUUAGACAGAGUAUUUUUAAUCAUUUUCUUUACGGCUAUUGUAGUUUCGCUCUUAACUUGUUUGUUGUUGGCUGCAAGAGUCAGGAAGUAUUUCAUUUCGUAACUUAUGACAAUUUUGAGAUAUUGAAUGUUUUACAUUGCAUCUUACCUCUUUUCUCGCCAAAUCUCUGUUUUUAUCCCAGGUAUAGAUCACAAAUAAUGCGAAAGUAGCCAUUGUAAAAAAUAAAAUGUACCGUAAGAAAUGUCUUAGUUAUUCCAGGUUCUUUCGGGCAAAGUCUGAUGCAUUUGGUUCGAUUUUGGUCUAAUCCAUGAUCGCUCGACGAAACCCACCUUUUUCUAUUGGGAAGGGAACGCAUUCUACACAUUCCCUAGAAUUAUCAAUCAUUUCAACAUUUGGUUAUAAGACUUUUUAAAUCGGCGAGUCUCUUUUAGGAGAACCAUGGCCUUCUACCAUCCUAAACUCCUAAACACCU